AUGAGAGUUCACGAAGUUUUAGCGCAGGUUCCGGUUUCGAUGGUCUCGGAUUCAGCAGUUGGAGGAGGAGGAGGAGGGGUAAAUGGUGCUUGGAGAUUGUACGGAUGGUUCUCUGAGUGCCAUGGGUUUUGGCAUAAUAUCGCUUUGAUUGUCCCUUCGGCUUUGUUUGUCUUAUACUUGGCAUUUCAGGCGAAGAAGAGUUCUGUCAAGCUGUUGAAUGACCGAUCCCAUAUUAUUAUUACGUAUUACGGGUUUCUUUGGCUCGUCAGUGUUCUCAAUCUCGCUUGGUGUUUGCUUCAGGACCUGUAUUAUUCAAGGCGUAAUGCGCACUAUGGGGUCAAGGUUGCCAGGGACUACAAGCCCUCACGAUCAAAUAGUGAUGUGGCUGAUGUGAAUCUAGAGGACGUUGUCAUGCUGCAUACACCAAAGCACUUGAUUUCCCUUGGGACUUAUGUGUAUAUAUUAUCAAAAGGUUAUGAGUUGGUGAUGAGACCUAUUCUUGCCUUGUGGAUUAUGUCUGCCCUUUACAUAUGCAAGAACAUUUAUGGUAAAACGCACUCUUUCUUCUUCAAAGGUGUGCCCUCAGUGUUUGUCUCCAAAGAAGCAUGGGAGUGUAGUUCUGUGAAAGAGGUGGCUUGGAAUAUCUUGUCAUUAUCUACAACAACUGGAAUGCUGUUUCUUGAAGUUAGCUUGAUGGCUUUCUUACUCCAAGGAAACUAUGCAAGUGGACAGGAAGCAUUGACGAGGACUUUUGUUGUCUCCGGGCUCAUUGUGGGUUUGGAUAUUCUUCUCAAGGCAAUCUACUUGUUUGGAUUUGGGAUUCCAUUGUUCAUUGAUAAUAAUGACAACACGCGCCGAAUCAAAUGGGGUUUGUGGGUUGUCCACAAGCUACUCCUUACUGCAGUUUAUGGCUUCAUAUUCUUUAUCUACCACUCAAGAUGGAGAGAAAGGUUACCUGCGAGACCUGCAUUUUACAACUACAUCACUGUCAUGUUUUGUUUGAAUGCGACCGCUCUGUUUGCUUGUGUGCUUACUGGAAAUGGGGCUGGGUUUGGUUUAUGGUUGUAUGAUGUCACUGUUAUUUGCUACCAUGCCUUCUAUCUUCCCCUUUUAUAUGUAACCUUUCUCGCAGACUUUUUCCAGGAAGAAGAUUUGCAUUUGGACAAUGUGUACUACUCUGAGAUGAAAGAUGCUGGUUUUUUUGACGUUGAUUGGGAGUGA